CUUUCAAACUUCAGAAAUUCCAUGUUAAAUAUCUAGGUAAAAAAACCAGCAAGAUGAAGCUAAUUGUUUCAGGGGCCACAGGUUUCGUUGCCAAAGAGAUCAUACGGCAAAGUCUAAGCAUAAGCGAGAUCACCUCGGUCGUGGCCCUAGCCCGCAAGCCGGUGUCCGCUCCGGAGAAACUUGGAGAGGGUGCAGACCCCUCGAAGCUCAGAAGCAUUGUCGUGAACGACUAUAAUCACUAUCCGGAAGAGGUCAAGAAGGAGUUUGCUGGAGCUUCGGCAUGCAUUAGGACGGUCGCGAUCACCCCAGCGAAAUCUAAGAUGUAUGAUUUCGAAGAAGUCAAGCGUGUCUGCCAAACAUGCACGCUUGACGGGUUUAAUUCCAUAUAUGAGUCUGGCGUCUCGAAGCCAUUCCGGUUUCUAUAUAUGAGUGGUGUCGCAGCCGAGAGAGACCAGACCAAGACCCCGCGAUUCCAACCACAAUACUCUCUCAUGCGAGGAGAUACGGAAAAUAAGGUACUUGCGUUGGCUUCCGAGCUUGAUGGGGUUGAGGCGUGUUGUGCCAAGCCAGGUAUCAUCACUGCACCAGGUGAGAUGAUGAGAUAUAUCGCUGGCACGCUGGUACAACUAAGUGUAGGAAUCCCUAGCAUUGGUGUCGUGGAUGUUGCGAAAGCAAUGCUAGAUCAAGUCGUUAAUGGUUUCGAGAAAGAGCCGUUAAUGCCAGAGGAUUUAAUAAGGAUCGCGAAAAAGCCUAGUAGCUCUUAAGAUUCCAGGAGUCUUAUAAGGUAGUAGUAAAGUAGAAGAAUCUCUAUUCUACUCGCGGAUAGCCGAGAUGUCAAAUCUAGCCAUUCUGAAUCUAGACAUGGGUGGCCAAGCUGUAGACAAUAAUUAUGCGUGAGGAGAAAGGAGGAGAAGGUAAGCAUGAGCUUCAGCUGCCAAAGCUUGU